AUGUCUCAAGACCCCCACCAAAUCUCUCAACUCGUGCAAACCCUAGAGACCGCCAAGGGUAAAGGCAAAGGCGGCAAGAAAAGCUUCUCUUGCAAAAAGACCACCUUCGAUGUCACUGGCUCCAAGAUCACUGUUGACUCCUGGCGUUUCAACGACUGGGAUUACAAACGUGACGAUCUUCCAACCUACGCCCGAGGAUUGUUCACCACCAAGAGAGCAGAUGGCACCCCCGAGAUUGCCGUGAGAGGCUACGACAAGUUCUUCAAUGUCAACGAAGUCCCAUCCACGGAGUGGGAACACAUCGAGAAAGAUACCAUGGGCCCUUAUGAACUCAGUGUCAAGGAGAAUGGAUGCAUCAUCUUCAUCUCCGGAUUGGAAGAUGGCACGCUUCUCGUCUGCAGCAAACAUUCGACAGGUGCACGCUCAGAUGUAGCCCAGAGUCACGCAAUGGUUGGCGAGAAAUGGGUCAAGCACCAUGUCGAAAGUGUUGGCAAGACCACCCAUGACCUGGCCAGGACACUGAGAGAUAUGAACGCAACUGCGGUGGGAGAACUAUGUGACGACGACUUUGAAGAACAUGUUCUGGAAUACCCCCCUGAUCUCGCCGGCCUCUAUCUACAUGGUAUCAAUUUCAACCGACCAGAAUUUGCCACCAUGUCUGGGCCAGACGUUCAUCAGUUCGCAGAUACCUGGGGUUUCAAGAAGGCCCAAUAUGUGAUGAUACAGAAAAUCAGUCAAGUGAGAAAUUUCUUGGAGGAAUGUGCCGAGACGGGUUCAUGGGAUGGAAGAGACACUGAAGGAUUUGUAGUUCGAUGCAAGUUGAGUGGUCGAAAUGCGUCUACAGAUUGGUUCUUCAAGUACAAAUUUGAGGAGCCCUACUUGAUGUACCGACAAUGGCGAGAAGCAACCAAAGCUAUUAUUGCCGGUAAGCCUCCACGGUUCAAGAAGCACAAGAAGAUCACCGAGGAAUACUUGCUCUACGCUCGGCGACAACUUGUGAAAGACCCACAACUGGGAAAGCUCUACAACCAAAACCAUGGUAUCAUCAAGAUGAGAGAUGGGUUCCUCGCAGAGAUUGGCAAGAAAGGAUCCGACAUUAUCGCGCAAGAGCAGGGAGAGGAAAAUGGUGCUGACGACAAUUCUGGGCCACGAGAUAUUGUACUGGUACCAAUUGCCACCAUCGGAUGUGGCAAAACCACGGUUGCAACGGCACUGGUCAAGUUGUUCGACUUUGGUCACGUACAGAACGACAAUAUCCAAGGACAAAAGGGACGCCCACAGAAGUUUGCCUACGCCAUCACCAGUGCGAUGGCUGCAUAUCGAGUGGUGAUCGCGGACCGCAACAACCACCAGAAGAGAGAACGAGACCAGAUCAUCACUGAUGUAUCCAAGGUGGUUCCCAAUGCUCGAUUUGUUGCCCUCCACUAUGUCCAUGAACCUAAGAAUCGAAUGCUCAAUGACAUCCGCAAGGUGACACGUCAGCGAGUACUUGAUCGAGGGGAUAAUCACCAAACCAUCCGUGCAGGCAGCAAGAGCACGGAAGAAAUUGUGGGUAUCAUGGAAGGGUUUCUCGAUCGAUUUCAGGGCUGUGAUCGCUCAUACCCAGACUCGGAGUUUGACCAGGUCAUCAACUUGGAUGUCACGGCCAGUAGCUUGGAAAACCUGGAGACUGUAAUCACACAUUUGUACAAUGCGUACCCCGGAUUGCUUCCUGAUGAGAUGCCUAGUCAUGAAGAGAUGCAGCAAGCGAUUGAUUUCUCCAUGGGCAAUCAAGUCACGACCAAGCACGACCUCUCAUUCAACAAGGCACCCCAAGGGAACAAGAACCAGAAGCAACAGUCACCGGCGCCUCAACCAGCCAAAGAACUAACGCCAGAACAAUUGAUGGGCAAGCUUGAGUACUUUGGGGUUGUGGUCUCGGUCACCAACAUCAACUCGGUUUUGAACUCAGUCUUCGACAAGGAGCAAGACGCGGAAGUAGGUCGCAUGUAUCAUACGCUCAAACAGAUGAGACGGGUUCAAUCUCAGUUUCACGUUACUUUGAUGCACCGAGCAUCGGCCGUGCAGAAGCCGGAACUAUGGCAACAGUAUGUCAGUGCAUACCUUGAGGCGAUUGCAAAGAAGGAAAAGAAGUACAAGGAUCAACUGGAACCUCACAUGGGGCCUGCUAGAGUCAAGCUCGAGAGAGUGGUCUGGGAUGAUCGGGUCAUGGCCAUUGUUGUACGAAUCUUCCCCGGAGAAGGAGGGCCUAGUUGGCAGAGUGCAAACGCGAUUCCACACAUCACCAUUGGUACUGCACGUCCGGAUAUCAAGCCGGUGGAGAGCAACGCGUUGCUUGCCCGGUGGGAGGAAGGCGACACGACGGGCUCUCGGAUCUACGAUAAGGAAAUUCCAGGAGGAGUGAUUUUGGAGGGAAGUGUGAAGCCGGUUUUGCGACGAUGA